AUGGCUGCGUGCGGCGCCAGAUAUCUACGCAAGGCCGAGCUUGCUCUGAACCUACACAAGGUUGCCCGAAAGGUCACCCUAGGCCAGGUAUUUGUUAUAGAAGAGAGUAUGCUUAUCGGACUUGCGUCACUGACCAUGGCUCCGCAGAUAAGGACCCCCGACGGCUUACGAAUAGAACAGCCGCCUUCUGUGAUACUGGCACUUUUGAUUGUCACCGGAUUCAGCCUCUGGAACGGCCCCGCGGACGCUUGCCGCGAAGCUAUUCUAGACAAUGUUCUACUCGCCGAGCUAUCGUGUCUCGAAACGAACUUGGAAGAAGACCAUAUGGAUCCAGAAAUCUCGUGGGAGACAUGGGUAGAGAAGGAGACCAUGAUCCGAUACUGCGUGCUCUACUUCCUCAGCCUUGUCAACAUCGUCUUCGACGCAACACCGCCGAUUCGAUACUCUGGUGUCCAACUGUCCCUCCCAUGUGCGGAAGCUGAGUGGACCGCACCCAGCGCCCAGGACUGGGCCAGGAAUCGAAGACCAAGAGCAAGAAUCUCGCUGAAAGAUGCAGUCGAUGACUUGCUCAAUUCUUCGGCCCCAACCCCAAUUUCCGAUAGCCCGUUCACAGCCAUUAUCAUCCUACACACGUUACUGCAGAAAAUCUGGUACCGGCGUCAAGGCAGUUGGGAUAAGAAUCGGCCUUUAGAUGCUGGCCCUUUUCGAAAUGCCCUUGACAAACUGGAGUCGGCUGCGGAUUCUGGCUCCGAAUCAACUAUGUCGCCACACAACGCCAGAGCAAGCCUAGCAUACAACUUCCACUCUCUGCUCCGGCUAGCGAGAAUUCAUUUAUGUGCCAGUAUGGGCAAUUGUCUCGCCGCCUACAAGACUCACGAUGCGAGCAAGAUCAGCCAAGCUAUAGCCAUCGGUUUUCCUAUUGAACGCUCCAUAGAAUCCAGCAAGGCUGCCUUGUCUGCUACGCAAUCAUUCGCGGCGCUUUUAAAAUUCGGCACGGUUCAUACAAGCGGCUCCGGCACUCUGCACUACAUCUUCAACACUUUCCACUCCAUGAUUUAUCUCAUCAAAUGGCUUGAGUCAAUGGAAGGGAUUGCAGCAAUUACGUGGACCGAGCACGAGAGCCAAACUAUAUCGUCGAUAGAAUCGACCGUCAAAGAGGUCGAGUUACGCCCUGAGCAAGCCAAGCUUUCUUUGAGCAGACGUGUUGCAUUCGCCUGUUUGAUCAUAUUCAAGGCUGCAAAUACUUGGGAUCUGCAAACUGUACUAGUAAAGGCUUUACAUGAAUAUGCGACAAAGUCCCGUGCAGAUUAA